AUGACGACCACACGCAGAAACGUGUACAUCAAUGACAGCACGGGGCCGAUAAAGCCUGUAUCCGAUGCAUCUCUCGCACAGGCAUUCCACCAGCAGCUGCCCGCCUUCGCCAGAACCCCUCUCGUUUCUCUCGAGGAUAUCGCCCAGGAACUAGGCGUGAAAGCAGUCUACAUAAAAGAUGAGAGCAAUAGGCUAGGACUCCCAUCCUUCAAGAUUUUGGGCGCAUCAUGGGGAACAUACCGCGCCAUCACGACUCAUCUACAGUUGUCCAUCGACACGCCCCUCGCCGACGUCGCAAAGGCCGCACAAACGAACAACCUUUCCCUCUACGCAGCUACGGAGGGAAAUCACGGUAGAGCCGUUGCGGCCAUGGCCAAGAUUCUAGGCAUCCCUGCGCACAUCUACGUUCCCAGCAGUGUUGCCGGUGAGGCGGUCACCAACAUCGCUUCUGAGGGCGCCAAAGUCAUCGUGAGCAACUCCCACUAUGACGACGCUGUCUUGGAAGCCUGGCAAGCAUCAAAGUCAGUCAAGGGCGGUCUCUUGAUUCAAGACAAUGCUUUCGUAGGGUACGAGCAGAUUCCUGCUUGGAUUGUCGAGGGCUACUCCACCCUCGUUCGCGAGGCCGAGCAGCAGGUGGCCGACCACGGGCUGAAACCGACUUUGAUGGUGACUCCAGUCGGCGUUGGAUCUCUGGCGCAUGCCGUCGUGUCUCACUGCAAGUCUGAUGGACGAGAUUGCGCAGUCCUAUCAGUCGAACCCGAUACCGCUCCGUGUCUAUGGACGAGCCUGACGGCCGGUAAACCAGUGACGGUUCAUACCUCGAGAACCAUCAUGGAAGGGCUCAACUGCGGCACUGUCUCUCUGACGGCGUUCGAUGAUCUUCGUGCAGGCAUUGAUGCCAGUGCUACAGUCUCGGACUUCGAAGCCCAUGAGGCCGUGAAGUAUCUCCAGACGAAGGGGGUGGACAGCGGGCCGUGUGGAGGUGCCACUGUCGCAGCGCUCCGGCGGCUUGCCGGAGUAAGCCCACGCCCAACCUGUCUUUCCAAAGACGCUGUCGUGGUAUUACUCAAUACAGAGGGUCCACGGAACUACAAGAUCCCGUUGGACGUGUCCACGGAUGACCCGGUCACGUUGACGCAGAUCCUCACGUCAAUCGACUCUUCCAACCCAGACUUAUCCAAGGCUUCAGGUGCCGGCGAAUGCGAGAUUGCGCACUACAUUUCCGCGUGGUUGCAACAUCGCAACUUUGAAGCGCACUGGCUGGAAGAGAGGCAAGGCCGACCUUCCGUGGUCGGUGUACUCCGCGGAACAGGAGGAGGAAAGUCCAUCAUGCUCAAUGGGCAUGUUGACACCGUCAGUCUUUCGAGUUACUCGCCAGACCUGGAUCCUCUAAGUGGAGAACUGAAGGAGGAGGACGGAGGACGAAUCUAUGGUCGUGGAAGCGCGGACAUGAAAGCUGGCUUAGCAGCUGCCAUGGCGUCAAUGGCUCGAUGCAGCUCUACAUCACACUCUCCUCUACGGGGGGAUGUCAUUCUCGCCGCAGUCGCGGACGAGGAGAACUUCUCCAUAGGCACGGAAGAGGUCAUCAGGGCUGGAUGGAGGGCCGAUGCUGCCAUCAUACCGGAACCUACCAACCAGGAGAUGGCGAUCGCUCAUAAGGGAUUCAUUUGGGUUGAAAUCGACAUCCUCGGCGUUGCGGCUCAUGGAUCUAGGCCCGAGGAUGGUGUAGAUGCCAUCUUGCUCGCAGGCGCCGUGCAGACGGCACUCCUUGAGUACUCAAAGUCACUUCCCUCCGAUUCUCGACUGGGGAAGGCAUCUUUGCAUGCCGGCCUCAUUCAGGGUGGCGAAGAGCCUUCCAGCUAUCCGGAACGCUGCACUCUGACCGUUGAGUUCCGAACCAUUCCGGCACAGACUACAGAGAGGAUCCUCGAAGACAUUGAGAGCAUCUUGAGCAGUAUCGCCAAGUCCAAUCCGGAUUUCAAAUAUGCUGCUCCUCGAAAGACCUUCUCGCGGCCUCCCCUUGGGCAGAGCCCUGACGAUGAGUUCAUCAAGACCUUCGUCUCUGCUACCUCGAAGUGUCUAGGUGAGGCGCAAGAGCCUGUUGCAUGUUCUUUUUGGUGCGACGCUGCAUUGUUGAACGAGGUCGGUAUCUCAUCGGUUGUCUAUGGUCCCAAAAGCUUUGGGAUCCAUGGCAAGGAGGAAUGGGUGAGCGUGGAGAGCAUCCGGGAAGUGGCAUCGGUGAUGGAGACCGUGAUUCAGGAAUUUUGCGCUUAG